AUGCCUGCGGCUACUGCUGGCUGGCGAGAUUUCGAUAAUCCAUCUCCCGCUGUACCCUCUAAGCACGCUUCGGCUUCAGACUCGCAGAGGAAAGGGGUAGACAAACGAAAAAGCGGCCGCUCAUUGUCCCACGAGCGUGGUAACUCUGGAAUGAACUCACAAUGGGCCAGCGGCAACGCCAAUACAGCACACGGCAGCAUGUACCAGCCGCAGCGUGUGCCGCGGGAGUCCCAUUCAUCGCGCCAAAAUGACGAUAUCCUGCCCAUGGGGCCUACGGAGCAGCUGGGUACGCUUCAGUAUCUGGACAGCAACUCGAACCCCACUGGUCCAACUGUUGACAUCAAGAUUGCGUCGCUGGUUCACAAGAACUUUUUUUUCAAUAGACAAUUCUGGACAUGCUAUCGUAGAAACUACAUGGCAUGUAACUGCUCAUACUCGAUCACGCCGUACUUUCCCGGGGUGCACCUGGCGUUCAAACAUUCACAGGAGUCUGCAGCAGUGCCAAUCCUUGGAUUUGCCAUGUUCAUCUCGGCGGUUGUGGCCGACCAUCCUCACCAAGAGAUUCCGAUCAUACAGCACACACCGAAGCGCGACAGGGGUCCCAUCAGCAAACCAACAAAGCAACUGAUGGGCCCCAGAAACAGGCACAGCCAUGGGACGCCACCCCACAUGGGCAUUACUGAUGGUACUCAACCAACGGGUCAGAUAUACUCUGACAUAUAUGGAGUGAGCGCAACGCAGGGCACUCUGCCGACAGAGCACAACUUUGAUCGCUUGCAGUUCAAGACGGCGACCGCGAAUAAUGGCGAGCGCAGAGCCGGCCAGCAGCGCUACCAGCUGAGGCUCGAGGUAUGGGGAGAUAUCGGCGGGAGCGAUGAAAGCAGCCGCUGGAAGAGGAUUGCGGUGUCAUACUCGCCCGAUGUUGUCGUCCGAGGGCGAUCCCCAGGGCACUACAUGAAAGAACGCCGCGGGAGCUCGGGAAGCGGCGGCGACUCGUCACAGGGCAACAUGUAUCCGAAUAGUGGCAGUGGCAGUGGCAGUGGCGAAUACGGCACGGCGAACGUAGUUGACGGACAGUCCAACAACUACAUGGCGACAGCGCCGUACGAUGACCGUGGCGGUCAUCAGUACUUUAACGGCGCUGCUAGCCACCACGCCCGCCAGGACAUGGCGGCCUAUCCCAUCGAUCCCAAGCCGAUGUUCCCUUCGGCGUUUACGAACCCUCAGCCGGUGUACGGCGACCCCGGCCUCUACCACCAUGGGUUGCACCAGCACCAGCAGCACCAUCAGCAGCCGACAGGCGUGUCUCCGCAGGAAAUCUACGGGAAGCCCAGAGACUUGGACAUGGGUGUGCUGCCGCGCCCAGAACCGCAGCUGCGCAUGGGGCACGAUGCGCGCUGCAACGUCAGUGCCACGGCCGGCGGCGCCCCCAGCAUUCUGCCCCCGCUCGUGUCCUCCAUGUCCUCCAUGUCCAUGGUCAAUCCGGGAAGCUAUCUAUCCCACUCGUGA